UGCAGACAUUUGAUUCCUAAUUUGGUUUGCUGGGCGGGGAGCUGUUCCUCUGAGCUGCUAGUAGUCAAGUCACAUAGCUGGACAGUUACAUUCUCUAUGCUGGAUGCCCUGGAGAACAGAGAGCAGUAGCGGCAAGCGUACAAGUUCUGUGUGUGUUAGUGACUGCUGGUAAACAGUGGGGGGACUCCCAAAAAGAAAGAGAAGAGACACACCUCAAAGGAACCUUUUUAGUUUCUCUCAUCACCUACUGCAUCUCCCAUCAUGGCUAUAACCUUCCACUCAAGCCCUCUCUUUUGGACACGGUUGGCGGCCCUUGUCUUCUCCUGUGUGGCCUUCUCUGUGGCCGUGCAUGGUGGUAGACUCAGCCAUGGCACCGGAGACUGGUGCAUCUUCUGCUGGGCCUUCAGCUUUGCCGGGACUCUGCUCGUCAUCCUGGUGGAGAUGUUUGGCCUUCAGACCAGAGCUCCUGUCUCCUGGAAGAACUUCCCUAUCACCUUUGCCUGCUACGCCGCCUUGCUCUGCCUAUCUGCCUCCAUCAUCUUCCCCCUCUACUACCUCAAGGGAACCUCAGGCCAUGGUGAGAUCCGCAACUACCACAUUGUGUCAACUGUCUUCUCCUGCCUGGCUACCAUCGCCUACAUUAGUGAGGUGAGCAUCAGCAAAGCACGUCCGGGUGAGGUGGCUGGCUACAUGGCCACCGCCCCUGGCCUGCUCAAAGUCUGCGAGACCUUUGUGGCCUGCAUCAUCUUUGUCUUUGUCAGCGACCCUGUGUUGUAUGACCGUCACGAUGCACUCAAGUACUGCAUGGCAGUCUACUGCAUCUGCUUCAUCUUAUCAGCGGUCAUAAUCCUGCUGUGCAUUGGCGAGUGUACCGGCUGCCUCCCCUUCCCAUUUGCUCGCUUCCUGUCAGCCUACGCCCUACUGGCUGUGGUCCUCUAUCUGUCAGCGACCAUCAUCUGGCCCAUCUUCAACUUUGAUCCCAAGCACGGUGGAACCAAAGACAGGCCAUCUUCUUGUUACAACGCAGGGUUGUGUAAUUGGGAUAAGUACAUGGCAGUGGCUGUGCUUACUGCUGUCAACUUCAUCCUCUACCUGGCUGACCUGAUCUACUCCACUCGCCUGGUGUUUGUCAGUGCUUGAGGGAAGAGAAGGAGUGGCAGGCCAGCAGUAUGAUCCAAAUAAAAUUGAAUUUGGCAUGUUCUCAAACGCUGCUGAGGUGUUGUGAGUUCAAGCUAGUGUACACACUGCAACUCCGGCCUUUUUGUUUAAUGCAUCCACACUAACUGGAGGAAUGUGUGGGCCAUGAUGGGAACAGACAGUAGAGUAGUACCACAAGUAAACUGUUUUAUUGAUGUUGCUAUGGUUCUGGUAGCACAAAAUAGGAGAAAUAUUAGAAGUGCCCCAAAGAACUUGGACAAUCUUUGACUGAGGGUGUAUGAGGGUGCAAAAACAUUUUCAAAUACAUUGGCAAAUUCAUCCGGCCAACCUGGGACAUCAAACUCAAAUCUUAUACUUUUUUGGCACCAAACCUCACCUGCAAACCUGCCAAAUUCGAUUUUGUGUGAAGUAUACUGUCAGUCUUAGGACCUUAGAGAGAGAAGGGGGACAGAAGAGAGAGAAGUUGAGGUCAGUGGCUAUGUUUACAUAUACAACAUUAUUCCCCUAAAUUACCGAGGCUUUCUGCUCAUGUGUUGGAGCAUGUAAAUGUCAAACAUUACCUGCAGUGACCUGAAUAGACUCUUAUUGUGAUUAUAAGAGACUUGAAUGUUAUCUCUGGAACAUGCUGAUACUUCCCAAGACUUUACAAUAUCUUUUAAUCUACUAUAAUGGAAUACCCAUUGUAAUACCAAAAAUACACAAUUAUUUCAUUUACAGAGGUGUUUGUGACAUCUAGAUAUGAGUAAGCUAUGAACAGAAUCUUCUGACUUGAACAAGGCAACAACCUAAUACCCCCAAUACAUGUAAACAUAGUCUGUGAUGACAAAUGAAGGAAGACUCAAAGUAAAUGAUGGCUUUUUUGUGUUUGUUAGAUUUGUUUUGCAUGAUGUGUAUGUCAGUGCUCUGCCUUAAUUUUGUUUUUCGUUAUAAAAGAUUGUUUUUAACUCCUAAAAAUAUAAAAUAAUGACAAUAAAAUUUCAAAGAAAGUUACCUUUUUGAUAUUUUUUUUUAUUACUUUUAUAAUGUAAUUGGAUUUUUUGGUUUCCAGUAGUACGCAGUGCAGCUGUUUGAGUUGUGUUAUUAACUAAUUUUUAUGAGGUUCAAAUGAUUAAGAACUUGAAGUAGGAACAAAAAUAGUUGAUGUUUAAGAUGUUUAAAUGAAUGCUAGGCUAGCUUUUUGCUUCUUUUAUGAGACAUUUGUAUUUGCAGGCUACAAUCAUAUGGUAAGAAUAUAUAUGUGGGCAGAACAUGGGCAAGACUAUGGGCGGUUCAAGUGCACUUAAUGUUAUGUGUAUAAACUUCGGUGUCUCCCAGCCUAAAAGCAUCAUACCACUCAGUUCCCACAAUUAGUCGAUUGAGUACAUUAGUUUUGUACUGCUGUAAAAAAUAUUCGGAGAAAGAGACUAAAAGGAUAUUUCUCUCUCUCUCUCUAGAUAUUGUUCGUGUUAUAUCCUUUAACUUUUUUAUAUUUCACCGGUCGUGUUUCCAGUAUGCAUACCAUAUCAGUAUCGUAGGAAAUUGUAACCUGGUGUUUCAAUAAAACUAUAUGGUAAA